AUGGCGCGCAGACCUGCUCGGUGCUACCAGUAUUGCAAGAACAAAUCUUACCCUAAGUCACGCUUCAACCGUGGUGUUCCACAUGGUAAGAUCCGCAUCUUUGAUCUAGGACGGAAGAAGGCUUCUGUGGACGACUUCCCGUGCGCCGUGCACUAG